UGCUUCUUUAAAGCAGCCACAUGCAGCCGAGCACCGGCCACAAUCACAGCUCUGAGCAGAGGGGGAGCCAGAUCCGGGCUUGCCUGGACAAUCAGUGCUGAGUCGAGUCUGCCUCCUUCCCAUCCUUGCAGCACUUUCAGAGCUUUAAGUUUUGCAGAGAGAGAGAAGGGGGACGGAAAUCUGCAAAAAUGGCUGGGGCAAUUAUAGAAAACAUGAGCACCAAAAAGCUGUGCAUUGUAGGAGGGAUCUUGCUGAUUUUCCAAGUCAUCGCCUUUCUAGUGGGAGGUCUGAUUGCUCCAAGUCCCACUACGGCUGUGCCCUACGUGUCAGUAAAAUGCAUAGAUGUACGGAAAAACCACCACAAAACUAAAUGGUUAAUACCCUGGGGGCCCAACCAGUGUGAGAAGAUCCGAGAUCUUGAUGAGGCAAUGAGCAGACAAAUAGAAGCCAACGACAUUGUGUUUGCUGUUCAUAUCCCCCUCCCCACCAAGGAGAUGAGCCCCUGGUUCCAGUUUAUACUUGUUAUCCUGCAACUGGACAUUGCGUUCAAGAAAAAUAACGAGAUAAAAGAGAAUGCAGAAAUUACGCUUGAUGUGUCCUUGGCCUAUCGAGAUGACCUGUUCAGUGAAUGGAAAGAAAUGGCACAUGCAGUGGAGACCCGAAAGCUAAAAUGUACUUUUGCUUCUCCAAAAACCAAAGAGCAUGAAGGGCGACACUACGACUGUGAUGUGCUCCCUUUCAUGGAAAUUGGAACUGUGGCGCAUAAAUUCUACCUCAUCAACAUUCGACUCCCUGUGAAUGAAAGAAAACUAAUUAAUGUGGGAAUUGGCGAAAUAAGGGAUGUUCGCUUGGUGGGUAUCCAUCAAAACGGUGGUUUUACAAAGGUGUGGUUUGCAAUGAAAACCUUCCUGACACCCAGCAUCUUCAUUAUAAUGGUUUGGUAUUGGAGACGGAUCACCAUGAUGACACGUGCUCCUGUCCUGCUGGAAAAGGUCAUCUUUGCUCUUGGUAUCUCCAUGACAUUCAUAAACAUCCCAGUAGAAUGGUUUUCUAUUGGAUUUGAUUGGACUUGGAUGUUGCUCUUUGGAGAUAUUCGACAAGGAAUCUUCUAUGCCAUGCUUCUGUCAUUUUGGAUCAUCUUUUGUGGAGAGCAUAUGAUGGAUCAAAAUGAACGAAAUCGUCUCUCUGGGUACUGGAAACAGGUUGGGCCCAUAGCGGUUGGUGCCUUCUGCCUUUUCAUCUUUGACAUGUGUGAGAGAGGGGUACAACUGAAAAACCCAUUCUACAGUAUUUGGACCACAGAUGUUGGCACGGAGCUGGCUAUGGCAUUUAUCAUAGUUGCAGGAAUCUGCCUUUGCCUCUACUUCCUGUUUUUGUGUUUCAUGGUGUUUCAAGUUUUCAGAAACAUUAGUGGGAAACAAUCCAGCCUCCCAGCAAUGAGCAAGGCUCGCAGACUUCAUUAUGAGGGGCUGAUUUUUAGGUUCAAGUUCUUGAUGCUCAUCACUCUAGCUUGUGCGGCAAUGACUAUUAUCUUCUUCAUUGUCAGUCAGGUGACUGAAGGCCACUGGAAAUGGGGGGACUUCGAAGUACAAGUGAACAGUGCCUUCUUCACAGGCAUCUAUGGGAUGUGGAACCUCUAUGUCUUUGCUCUUAUGUUCCUAUAUGCUCCAUCACACAAGAAUUAUGGUGAAGAUCAGUCCAAUGGUGACGUGGGCGUAAGUAGCGGGGAGGCACUUCAGCUGACCACCACAAUCACCCACGUGGAUGGGCCAACUGAGGUUUACAAGCUGUCUCGCAAGGAGGCUCAGGAGUAACUCCUGGAACACCUCGCUUGGGACAAACGCAGUGAAGUACAGUACACAGAAUGAGACAACGUGCUCCCUGAGGAGACGUCCGAUGUAGCUCACUCUACAAAUGCCCAGUAUUUAUAGUGUGUGUUCACUAAGGAGUGACUCUAAAAUAGAACCUUUGUAAACUCUCUUUAAUAUGAUGUAGUUCUGUUUGGGGGAGGGCAGGUGCUAUGUAUGCUAUACCGUACACAGACAUGCAGAAAGAACACUAAAGGUACAAAGUGAAACGUUCAAGAGUUAAAAGCCAGGAUUUAUGUUGCCUGCAGAACUUUAGUUUGGCCCCUUGUGUGUAUGCAGGGUGAUAGUCUUUAAUUACUGGGGGUUUACACUCGUUCAAUGCACAAAAUGGACAGUGCUCAAUUAAGCGCAGAUUUUCACUAUUUGGUUUUGUGUGUAAUUUCCUAAAGCCAGUGAAAAUACAAUAUUGUAUUAUGCAUCUAACCAUAUUGACAUCCUUCACUUCCCAUUUGGGUCUUUGGUAGGUUUCAGGCCUUUAGACCCAAAGCACAGAUCUCUGCAAAUUAGGUUAACAGAGCUACUGGUAGCAGUAGUGGAGGAAGGGAAUAGACUAGGAUAUGUGUGUUCUGGGCGAGCAGAACAGAGGGGAGGGACUAUGACUGGAUGGAAGGAGAUUAAUAAGAUGAGCUAGAGCUGUGGUGAGCAAGACAAAGACUGUUCAAAUCAUAGAGGGUUUUUGCUGUGAAUCUAAGGAUUCCAAAUCUGCCGAUGAUUCAUGCACAGUCAUUUUUCAGUUGGCUUUUUUUAAAGCCUAGGAAAUCGCGCACAGUAAACUCCAUUACACUAGUGUGAGGGUUGCAAAGUGAAGCACUCUGAAAUUAGGAAAUGUCAGUAUUAAGCUUGCCUAUGGAAUUUUAAUAUGACCACCUUGUUCAUAUACAUCAUGACCCAGAUUUUAAUUGCAUGAUCUCACAUUAUUUCCUGCCCCCAAAGACACUUUAUGCCUUAUCCAGGGAAACAGGCUGGACUUGUUGCAGGAAUAAAUCAGGGAUGUGUAGUGAAGGACACUGCUGUCUAUAGCAUCCAUAUCACUAAAUGUGUGUGUGCUUCAGUUUCUAGCUGCACACCUGGGCUAUGUCUACACUGGCGGCUUCUUGCGCAAGAACAUCUUGAACAAGGGUUCUUGUGCAAGAAGUCUUGCGCAAGAAAAAGUCCACACUGCCAUGUGCGAGCUGUGCUUUUUGCGCAAGAGCGCCCAUGGCAGUGUGGAUGCUCUCUUGCGCAAGAAAGCUCAGAUGGCCAUUUUAGCCAGAGGGUUUUCUUGCGCAAGAAAUCCCUGCCGAGCAUCCACACUGCCCUCUUGGAAAGAGCUCCUGCGCAAGAGGGCUUUCACCUGUUAAAAAAGAGCAUAGUUCUCAAGCAAGAAACCCUCUCUUACCAUGCCGUCCUGUAAAUUUCCUUGCGCAAGAGGAAAGGAAGGAAGGUGCAGUGUGGACCCUCUGCGGGUUUCCUGUGCAAGAAUGGCCAUACUUGUGCAAGAAGCCACGAGUGUAGACAUAACCCUGGAGGUAUUGGGAAUCAAACUUGCAGAAUUGCGAAGUGCUCCAGUUUAAGUCAAGUGGCACUGUGCUGCAAACAUAGUGUUGUGAAAAUUACCAGCACUCUUAAAAACAAGGCCUUAGCCUUCUCAAGUGAGGCCCCAGAAAUUUAAUGGGGGGACUGAAAAUUUUGGCCCUAAUUUCUGUAAAUGAAUUAAUUCUGCUUCUAUUCGAGGGUGCAUAUGAAGAUCAAUAUAUUUGUGUGUGAAGCACUGUGAGAGCACUAGGAGGAAAUUAAUAAUUUUCUUUCUAAUGCACAGUUUUUGGAUGGAUUUGUCAAAGUCUGGAUUCAUAAUGAGGAGAAUAGAGAUACUGAAUAAAUAUGUGCUCAUAUAAUGAGGCAGGGGUCAUCUGGAGACAAAUACAGGCAAGCAUAUAAUUAAAGACUGUAACAUAAAACAUGCUCAAGGGGCAGAGUAAUUGUGGCAUUUCACGACUUUUGAGAGUUUGACUCUGCAACCUUAAUAUUACUUUAACAUUAGGUUUUUAUGCAAUACCUAUGUACUUUGAAUAAAUUCAUCCCCCAUUUUCUUUUAUAACGUAGUGUAACAUUGCAUGUUGUAAAGUUUAAUUUUUAUUAGUCAUUUCAGCUUUAAAACCAAAUCUUGUGUGUUAAACACUAACAAGUCUGUUAUGGUGUAGAUGUCUUUUUUUUAUAUCUGAAACUAUUAAGUACCACUUGCAUACCAGAAACUGUUUUUGGAUCGUAUUAACUUUUUUUGGUGUUUUUUGUGUUUUGUUUUUAUGUUCUCUUUUUACAAAAUGCUGUAAGCAGUCUGGGAAAGUGUAGAUUUGUUAAUUUAAAUAAAAUAUACAUUAUUGUG